AUGGCAUCUGCAAUUCUUUUGGGAAUCGGGAUUGCUGCUUCUGCCGCAGUGGGUAAAAUUGGCAUCGACGCGUUUCGAAAGUACCGUAACAUAAAUGGUUCAGUGAAAAACUUCGUCAAAGGAGGGUUUGAAUCAAAAAUGUCACGGGCAGAAGCUAUUCAAAUUCUAUCUCUUACUAGUCGUGGUUUAACUCGCCAAAAAGUAAAAUCGGCUCAUCGCCGUUUGAUGCUGGCAAAUCAUCCGGAUCGUGGUGGCAGUGCCUAUGUAGCCAGCAAAGUUAAUGAAGCAAAAGGUUUAUUAGAUGCAGAUCGUUCUAUUCGGGGCUUUAGCUCUUGGGCUGUUCCUCCUGCUAGAUCCGCACAAAAGAUUCCAAGUGUUUCGGAGGCAGUUGAGUGGAUGCAACAACAUUCCUUACAUUCUCCAAGGCAUUAA